UACGUCUACUUCAGAAUGGGCGUCAAACAGGCGGAGAUGGUGAAGUCCAGGCUGUUCCGUUUCCCUCUGGACGAGGUGCGCCGUCGACACUGUUUUCUGGAGCGCAGGGGCCUGUAUCAAACCCCGGACAAGAAAGGACAGACGACCAUCAUCAACCCCAAACUGGACAGCAUCCUCCAUGUUGACGAGAACUCCUUCAUCACAGAUGUUGCAAAUGCGUCAGCAGAGGAGUACGAUGUGUUUAAGAGACUGGUGGCCAGAGAAUGGCAGGAAGAGGAGCACGGCAGCAUUGAAGCUGAUAGUGAUGAUGAUGAAGAAGAGGAGGAUGAUGAGGAGGACGAGACUGAGAGGAGAGAUGGGUACCUGAAGAGAAGGAAAAAGAAAUGAAAUGGCACUGUUAGAGGUACUGAGGGAACUUAUUUAAAAGGGGAAUUACAUGAUUAGAGAAACUGAUGGUGAUAAAUGAAGCAAUGAAAUGUUUCCUUUUGUCUGAGCUCAGGUUUGUCAUGAAGUGCUAUAGAAAAUUCUUAUCUAAAACACACAGAGGAAACCGUGUCGCGCUCAUUGUUCCUGAGCUUGUUCUCUUUUGUGUCCAUGAUGGUAACAGAUUGGACUGAGUGAGCCUUUUGAUGUUGAUUUCUGUGUUAAUCUAAGUGGCCACGUCAAGGCGUGAGAUGAGGUGACAUCAGUGUGAGGUUUGGGUGAUAAAUGAGGACAAUAUAUGAUUUUAAACUGUCAGGUUUGAACGUGGUGAACAUUUUCUCCCUUAUAUUCUUUCCAUAGUCAAAAAAGCUUUUGACUUUCAUUAUAGUUUUCACAAGUUAAAGGAGCAGUUCACCCCAAAAUAUUUUUUUCUCCUCUUACCUUUAGUGCUAUUUAUCAGUCUUGACUAGUUUGGUGUGAGUUGACUGUUGACUGUUGGAG